GAGAAGCUCUGCUACAUCGCGCUCGACUUCGACACGGAGAUGAAGGCGGCCACGGAGAGCUCGGACAAGGAGAAGACGUACGAGCUGCCCGACGGCACCCUCGGGGGGGCCCGUGCCCGGACCUCGAGGGGAGGUCGGCACCUGGACGACGAUAUAUUUAAUGUUCGCCUGCUGCCCACGUCUACUUUUCUCAUAAGGAACGGCGUCAGAUCUGCCGAGGUGCUCUUCCAGCCCAGCUUCGUGGGCAAGGAGGUGCGGUCCUUGUGGGUGCACCUCGAGGAGCGCUCGCUUUUCCCAGGGGCAUUCGAUAUCACACGCUGGAUGAUACCCAAUGGCUGUUCGGCGGGCACCACCUUCCAGUCGAUUAUGAAGUGCGACGUCGACAUUCGCAAAGAUCUGUACGCCAACGUUGUCCUGUCCGGCGGCACCACGAUGUUCCCAGGCAUCGGCGAGCGGAUGACAAAGGAACUAACAGCCUUAGCACCAUCAACGAUGAAGAUCAAGGUCGUGGCUCCGCCUGAGCGCAAGUACUCGGUAUGGAUUGGCGGAUCCAUCCUCUCCUCGCUGAGCACUUUCCAGCAGAUGUGGAUCUCCAAGGGGGAAUACGACGAGUCGGGCCCAACCAUCGUGCACAGGAAGUGCUUCUGAGGUUUUGCCUUCAGGAGCCCUUCGGAGCCACUUAGUAGAGCGACGGAAGACUAAGGGGUCGAUUGCGCCGACAUUGGCGUGUAAGCUACUCGCGUGACGCGUAAGGUCGCGCGUAAGCGCCCUCGUUCUUCACGAUGUGUUCAGCGUUGGCGGCCCGCGUGAGCCACCGCGUAAGGUCGCCAUGCCAUCGUGCAUACGACUCCUUUCUUUUCGGCGCUCACUUGAGGCUGGACGUCCCGGGCGUGUCGGAUGAAGAUGGGGUAAGCGCCACCAUGCUUCAAGGUUCACGACUGGGGCUGAUAGCGUAAAUUCGUAGUGUAUGUUUCGGGGGCUUUGCGGUAUGCCUGGACAGCCGUGGGGCUGAACGCAUGGCAACAUUCAUGCAUCUAUCGUCGUCGGCGGCA